CAAUCCGACCAGGGACGGGGCCUCCUCGCAUUUCCCCUCUUCUGCUGCAGAGGAGGUGGAGGGGAAAAGAAAAGGAAAAAUCCGCCGGCGGCGGCGGCGGCCUCCGCCUCCGCCUUGAAGACCUGACCAGCCGCCGGCCAGCAUCUCCAUCCGCCCUGCCCUGCGGCUUACACCGAUUUCUAUACCACAGAAGAUUGCUACGCCAGCUUCCAGAAUAACCAUCAUGGGUGAACCAUUAAGAACUCUUCAAAAUGAUCAAUCAGAAGCUAAGGAUAAGGGGAACAAGAUAGAUAUUAAGUACGAGCUGACUUCUGCAAUACUGAGUCUAAAGCAUCAACAAGCAUCUGGCAGGUUGAAGAUGCCUUCAAGACUGCCAGCAAGAUAUCCCCAUAAUGUGGGACAUUGUGCAGAGCUUAUCAUGAAUUUGGGCAUUGGAGAAGAUGUUCAUUGCUUAAAUGUAAUGAGAUCGUGUAACCAUGAGAACAUAUUACAUCCUGGAAUUAUUAAGGAAGUUAUCAUUGGUGACAGCUCCUUUAAUGUGGCCUGGAUGGAGCGUUACACUCGUGUGUUAUCAGAAUAUGUGCAAUUGCUCCUGUCAACAGCUCGGUUUCAUGCCCCCGUUGGUGCAACUCUCUUACUUCCGUCACCCCAUCUCCAGAUGGUUUUGAGAGGAAUAUUUGACGGGAUGGAACAGCUGUUUCUCAACGGGUAUUAUCAUGGGAACUUUUCUCUAGAGAACACAUAUUGUUUCCUUGAAUGUUCUACUCCAGUCGUGAAGCUCACAAAUUUUAGAAAGAAAGGAAACAGCAGAGAGCUAUUAACACAAACAUUUUUUCUUGGAAAAUUAUCAAUUCCAGAGCAAGCUAUGACCUGGGGUGUGGAGGAGGUGCGGAGUGAUCGAUAUUUGUCCAUAAGCUGCAUUGAGUGCGAAAUUUGUUCUUUUGUUGCAUGUUCUUUGGACCAGGUUGUUGGGUCUUCUCUCUUUUGUGUUUGAGUUAUAUAAAAGCCGAUAGCUUUACGAUGGUGGUGUACAAAAUUCUGUGUCGGGCACAUUUAAUAGUAUUUAGGAGACCGUGGCACAAAUGCCUUUGGCAACUCUGCGUUGUAAGGUAGAUAGGUGUAGAUAUAAAAUACAUUCUCACCAAAUUUUAAAUCCAAGCUUAACUUCGUUUGUUGCCUAAUCUUAAUAGAGACUAAUGGGAAUGCAAAAGUACUGUCUUUAA